ACUGUUUAUGAUGGACAAUUUAUUUCCCAGUGCAAAGUCAACAUAACACAGCAAACGUACAACAAUUAUUAACAUUUUUCUGGGGCCCUCAUGAGGCUGGAGAGUCAGUCAGUGGAGGAGUGGAGCUCCGGGAGCAGGCUCAACUUUCCCCGGGACACACUGCGGCUUUCCCGGCGUCAUGACUCUCUACCACGGCCGUCUGCCGUCGCUCGGAGUGACAUCUUCGGCUUUGAGCCUCUCCGCCCCGCUGAUCUACCUGUACGGAGGAGACAGCAGCGGGGUCGUGCCCACCGCCCUGAGCUUUGUGCCGGCCCGCCAGGAGCCCCCGCAGAAGCCGCCCUACAGCUACAUCGCGCUCAUCGCCAUGGCCAUCAAGAGCGCACCGGAGCAGCGCGCCACGCUCAGCGGCAUCUACCAGUUCAUCAUGGACCGAUUCCCCUUCUAUCACGACAACAAGCAGGGCUGGCAGAACUCGAUCCGUCACAACUUGUCCCUGAACGACUGCUUCAUCAAGGUGCCCCGGGAGAAGGGCCGGCCGGGCAAAGGCAGCUACUGGACGCUGGACACCAAGUGUCUGGAUAUGUUUGAAAACGGCAACUACCGCCGGAGGAAGAGGAAGGCGAAGUGUCAGCAGGAGGCUCUGGACUCAGUGCCCAAAGCCACCGGGCACAAGCGCACCAAGGGCCACGGGCAACCCAGAGACCCUCAGACCUCCCCGAAACAUCAAGCUGGCUCGAGGGUAACAGAAGCACCCGCGAGGGAUGAGGAUGAGGAGGAGGAGGCGGCGAGGGGGACGCCCGCAGACAGGAAUCAUAUUCUUGGCGAGUUGAAUCCCGCGGAACAGCCGCAGAGUCCCUCCACGCAGAGACUUAAAGUGCCCCCCAACCAACAUAGCAGUCAGGCCGCCGGCAGGGAGCUUCACGCCCCACAGCCCGAGCCAUGCUCCGCGCCGAAACGCGCUGCGCUGUGGACGGACGACGCUCAUCUCCCAGACGAGACCCGUGACCCGAAAUCAGAGGAGAGGAAGUCUGCGUUCAGCCAAAGAGAAAGAGGUCCUCUCUGCACCGUCAGCUGCUCAGGAAACACAAACUUGGCCGCACCUGCGCCAGACAGGCCGAAGGGGAACACACUGAGCAGGGACAAAUCCAAAGGUUUCAGCAUAGACAGCAUUUUAGCGAAGAGCGAGGACGAAAUACGAGGCAGCAUCCUCGGCCUGCCGGCCGAGACAUGCGCACAGGGCCAAAGUCCGGCUUUCAGCGCGUCCGUGGUCCUCGGCGCGCGUCAGCAUCAGUUGUACCAGAUGGGAUUCCCUUUCUGCUCUUACCUGUCGCUCUCCUACCCUGACAAAGUGCUGCAUUUUAAAUGACCAGCAGACUUUCGUGCGUUUUACGCACCAAAUGCGUAAAAGUGUAAAGUCUGUGUUUAGCUUUACACGCAGAGACACGAAACAGGAUCUCUGCCAUCAUCUACUUUAAUGUUCGGACAAAAUUUAACAAAGAGCAUCAAGAAGACUUUUAUCUCCAUCUUUACGCAUGCGUCAUUUUCAGGUUUGUGAUUAUAUUCAGUUUUUUCCUCCCAAAUCUGUUGCUCCUCAGAAAUUAUGGCUGCACAAAACAUAAUGCUCAGUACAAUAAAAGGCUCUGAAAAAGGAUGUCGUCCCUGCCAUGUAAAUAUUUACGCAUAUUCUCAUAUGCUACACUUUGCUCAUGAUGGUGAAACCCCAUAAAGCAAGAACAGUGCGUAAUUUAAAAAAGAAUUUUAAUUGUCGUGACUGGGCCUGAAGAUGCCGUACAAUAUGAAGUUUAGUACUCAGUAAUGAUGUAACCAAAACCUAUUAUUAUUUUCCACUCUGCUCUGGAUUUGAACAUUUAUUUUACUGCAAAAUAAAAUUUAGCCAAAAAUGUUGACGUGAUUUAUUUUAAAUUGUGGUACGAAAGAAUAAAUAGAAACACUGCUGGAAAACUG